AUGGCGACGACGGUAGCUGAGACGGAGAGCGGGGAGGGCGCGCAAGAGAUGAUGGAGGGUGAGAGGCCGGGCCGUAGCGCGCGGUGUCCGAAUCUGGGUUGGGGCGGGCGAGGUUGGCUUCGGCCGUUGCGGGGAGGCUGCGGUUCAGGAGCCGGUGGGCGUCGGCGUUUUGCGGGAGGUGGGCGCUGUGGAGGAGGCUCACCGUGUGUUGGCGGGGAACCUACUUAUGGGGCGAUGGGUGUAGGGGGGGCAUUGGGAGGAAGCAUGGUGGAAUAAUGGUAUUGGGCAGGGGAAACUGGGUGUAUGCAAAGCAGAGGCGGGGGGGGGGGAACUGUAAGAACCUCCCCGAAUCCAUAUCCAGUGCAUGUUCUUUUUAAUGCAGCUUGUUGGGUCUCUCUCCCCCCCCCCAAUUUUUUUUCUUCCAAAAAACACUUGGGUGCCUGACUUCUGUUACGCUGUUAGCGUGACCUACAAAAUAUAUCCAUCCUUAUCUGUGUGACACUAAUACAAUUUUAAAUGGGUGACAUCUUUUCGAAGAAGAGGUAUCUGAUAAUCCUUCCUCCCACCAGAUUAAGCGGUACCACUAAGUGGUCACUGGAAUCCUUGGUGUCCGCAGUUUAAACUGACACACAUUGGGAUCUUUUAUAUUCUUUAGGACCCCAUUAGUUGCUUCACAUGCUGCCUCUUGCCUCCCCUUCAGUGCUUUACUUUACCUUGGAAUAUAGUGCAUUGAGGUGUUCUGUAUAGUAGUGUAGGAAUUGAAAUUUUAAUAUGUAUGACUCUCUUGUACUGUGAACAAUAAUGUGUGACUGCUUUUUGUGGGGACAGGAAAAUUAUUUAGGAGAACUCUGUUCUUGGACCUUUGAGGAGGAAUUGCUGGUUUUGUUAGUAUUUAAGAACGAUGGGUUAUGAAUUACGAAAAAAUAUUACUCCGGGGCUUUUAAUCCCAAAGGCCAGUAACCAUAUUAAGGCAUGAGACCAGGAAAACAAAACACAAUGGGUGCUCCAUGAGUAGUGCAAAAGAGCACUGCUAUUGACCCUCUCUGUGUUCUGUUGAAGAACAGUAGGAAUAGUCAUCCUAGCGUCUUAGUACUUUUCCCAGUCGUUACUAAUUCUAUUCUGCAGAGAGCAAAAAAUAUUAAGAGCUGAAAUUUAUUCACAUGCACUGUUUCAGUAAUCCUUACAGCAACUCUAUAUGGUAGGUGAAUAUUAUGCCUGUAUUACAAGUGCAAAAUUAAGACUGACAGAGUGAUGUGCCAAAAAAUAGGGAAAAGAGUAAAUUUAUGAUGCAAGCUAAUCUGACAUUUGAAUCAAAAACAUCCUAGGGCAGGCUCUAAUCUAGGGGUGGCAAAGUUCACGCUUGUUGGAACUGUUGUUUUUUACUAGAACCCCAAAAUCUGCUGACAAGAAGCAAGUGCAAAUGAUGGACAGUUAUAAUUAAAGGGUGUCUCUGAACACAUUCUCAACCUAAGGAUUUGUUUUCAGUACUGUACCAGAACUGAACUGAGCUCACAGUUAUUUAACACAAAAGUUCACUUCUGGUUAGCUUUCUUCAUUUUAGCAGCCUAAUAUUUUAUUUUAUUUGGGGCAGAGUUCUUUUGUUGUUUCUCUUAUUUAACAAUUGGAACUUAGAAACCCUACCUGAAUUACUGCUAAUCAUCCUGAGAUCUACUAGUAGAUACAGAUAUGCCUUUUGCCCAUACCUGCUGUACCAGUUCCCUCCUGUAAUCAAAUCUGCUAUGAUAUAGAUUAAGCACAGAAAUUUUAAAAAUGAGCCAUCUUGGUCCCUAAGCAGGUGAUUUUAAAGUAAGCUCCAUGUAGGCUUGGAUAUACUUAGGUUACUUUGUCAGAUUUUGUACAGCUACUGUUUUUCUUUAACAUCUGUUUAGACUUUGUGAUGUUGGAUACAUAUGGCAAACUAGAUAUGUAUGCAGUGAUCACACAUGGUGAUCUGUGUGUGGUUGGUCCUCUUUUUCUCACAUACACAGUAUGUGCAGGAAAUUCAUAACAUCUGAAGCAGUCCUGAAGUCUGUGGUGGUGUCUUGGAAAGAUUUCUAUGCCAUGUGUUACAUGAAGUAAUUAUAAUCUAUACCUGCAGACUAGGUGGAGAAAAAUGUACAAAAAUCUUGGCAGGGUGCUCUUUCCUUCUCACUGAGUUGCCAUAGAACAGUCCUCGGGCAUCUGGUAAUAAGGUUUCUUCCCGGAAGGUCUGAGAAGAGGAAUCCUUGUUUGGGCUAAUGUAGUACAGUGGUGCCUCGCAAGACGAAAUUAAUCCGUUCCGCGAGAGUCUUCGUCUAGCGGUUUUUUCCUCUUGCGAAGCAACCCUAUUAGCGGCUUAACGGAUUAGCGCUAUUAGCGGUUUAGCGGCUAUUAAAGGCUUAAAGGCUUAGGGGAUUAGCUGCUAAAAGGCUAUUAAAGGCUAUUAAAGGCUAUUAAAGGCUUAGCAGAUUAGAUAAAGGGGGGGGAAAGCGAAAAAAAAAUCUCUAGACUCGCAAGACAUUUUCGUCUUGCGAAGCAAGCCCAUAGGGAAAUUCGUCCUGCGAAGCAACUCAAAAACGGAAAACCCUUUCGUCUAGCGGGUUUUCCGUCUUGCGAGGCAUUCGUCUUGCGGGGCACCACUGUAAUUUAUAAAAACAAAGAUCAUGUAAGCUAAACACACAUGAUAGUUCUAUGCUCCCCACUUGGAUCCAUAGAGAACAAUUACAAGUCAUGUCUUACUUUUAGCUGGACACUGCGUGAAUAUGCCAGUUAGCUAGUAGCUUGUGGUAGCAUUGAGCAUUCCAACUAGCGAUGUUGUUCUUUGAAUCCUAUUUUAAGGCUAUAGACAUCUCUGCAUAAUGCCUGUGGGUGAGUCCUGUUACACUCAAGUCUUGUGGCAACUUAAAGCCUAACCAAUUUUAUUGUGACAUAAAUUGCUUUUUGGACAAGAGUACUUUAAUCACUGAAAGCUUAUAUGCCAUAAUGAAAUAUUAGUCUAUUGCAGCAAAAUCAACAAAGAAUCAUGGCUAUUUCUCUGGAAACAGGUGAACUCAGUUGGGCAUACAUGUGAGUAAGCAUGCAUAGGAGCAGGCUGCCCUUCUCUUAUGUUGCAAAUAUAGAAAUUCCAAUAGCAGGAGAGGAGAGGUUACCUGUGCCCCUCCAGAUGUUGUUGGACUACAACUACCAUCAUCCCUAACCAUUGGUCAUGCUGGCUGGGUCUGAUGGGAGUUGGAGUCUAUCAUCUGCAAGAUGGUCACAGGUUCCCCACACCUGCUUUAAUACUAUUAGUAGUUUAUAUGUGUGUCAUUGUUUGCUUCCUUCCAGAAAUAAAACUUAAUUACAGAGUGUUUCUUUUACACAGUUGACAAGAGGAUUGAGUCUGAAGAGUCGGGAGACGAUGAAGGGAAGAAGCAAACGGUUUGCAUAGUAACAGACCUCAGUCAGCAGAGUUUGAGGGAUGAACAGAAUGGCGAGAAUUCAACAGGUAAACUGUUAUUCAAGAAAGAGAGAUCAUAUGCUGGUAUACACUUGAAGACAUAUCAUAACCCAUCACUUUAAAGCUUUAGGAGAUGAGUUAAAGCAGGAGUAGCUAACAUGGUACUCUCUAAAUGUUGAACAAGCAUUCCCAUCAUCCCUGACUACUGGACAUGCUGACUGGGACAUAUAGGAGCUUGAGUCCACCGACAUACAGAGGGCCAUAGGUUAACCACUCCUUGUUAAAGUGUUCUAUACUUGCAGGCUUUGGGGUGUAAUUUUUAUACUGCACUGUAUCUCUGCCUCCAGCAAUGCUUUUGUAUGUUUUGGACUGCAUUGUUACUCAUUUUCUGAUAGUGUGCUGCUGCUGUUCUUUGAUAUACUAAAAACUUAAUGCACUUUAAUAGAUAUAAAUUAAGAUGUUCUGGGCUGUUGUAGAAUAUAGCUGUUCAGUUCCUAUGAGCAAGAUUUUUUAUUUUUGUUUCUGUCUUUGUCAUUCCAUAUAGCAUCCACAUUGGCCUCUUUGUAAUGAGAAGUGGCUGGUUAGUUCCUUGCCUGGCAGAGGGUGUACAUGGUUCAAAAGAGCUGAACACAAGAGGAUUCACAAUUGUUGAAAGUGAAGUUUGAGCUUAUGACCUCUAAUGGGUCUGCUCAGUAAUUUGCCCCCCUCAAAGUCUUACAGGAAUACAUGUUUGAGCCUGCCAUCUUUUAGAGGCAAACAGUGGUGUUUGGGCAUGCCUGUGUCCAAUGAACAGCAAUUAAGUCUCCUCUGAUUUUUUUAAUCUUCAGUUUUUUAUGUGAUUUAAAAUUAAAUUGAAAUUGAAACGCAAAACAAAAGAUGUUUAUGGUUAAUACUUUAAGCUUAGUACCGUUUCUUGUAUUUAGGCUACUGUAACAUUUUUAUUGUGAAAUCUAAUAUUGGCCAUCAAUCAAUUUUGAUGAAAUUCUUACUUUGCAGAAAAAUUGUUUGUAUUUGGCUUGAUUUGAGAGCUCCUACUUUAAUGCUGGGUUAGAGUUCAAACUAUUGAAGAAAUUGUCUUGGCUGUUUCACUCAUCCAAGCUGUGCUUGUUCUAAUACAACCUCUUCCUUCUGAUUCAGUGUAGUGCCCAUAAUAUGUUUUAGAACUUUCUGCUGGCAUUCUGUUUUGACUUGGAAGUCCAAGAAUAAGCUACUCAGGUGUAAUAAUAUGCUCCUUUUUCAGUGAAGUUUAAUUUGGGGCUUUUCCAGGCAAAUUCAUACUGGAGCAUUUAUUAAAAGUCCUCUGUCAUCCAAGGCAGAGAUAGACAGCUUCCCUGCUUGCUUCAACUUGCUACAUUUGGAUAACCUGCAGAGUCAUAUAAGAACAAAAGAAACUAGAACAUGCUGGAAAUUAAAGCCACUGUGGUCUGUCUGAAUCCAAAGCAUAAGCAUGGGUAAAAAUAUCUAUUUGUUGCAUACACCUUUUCUUAAUCUGCUACUGAAUGGAAAACAGAAUGUUUCUUCCUCAUCCCAUGCAAGUUUAUAAAAUGUCAUACACCCUUCUUGUCAAUCCUAAUAGCAUUUUUCUUAGUUAUAGCACACACAUAUCCACAAAGAAAAUGUGGAUAUUUUUGUAUGAACGCACACCUUUCAAUAUACAGGCAUAUUCCUGCAGUGGCCUCAAGUCAUACCAAAUUAUAAUUACCCACCUGGAAGGGGUUAUAAAGCUGGAUUGUAUUAGGUAACACUACAUAAGGAGCCCAUGUAUGCUAAAGAGAUAUCCAACAUUUGGGGUGGAAUUGAACACCACACUAUUAAACAUGUUCUGUCUGCAUAAGAAUAUCAGCUUACCAGAUGGAACCAUCCCCGUUCACUGUUCUGGGGUUUUCCCAGCACCCUCAAGAGCCAAUUUUGGGAUGGGGGGAGCCCCAAUGUGUGAUCCCUUAGUUCAGUGAUGGCCAAACUUGGCCCUCCAGCUGUUUUGGGACUACAGGUCCUGUUAGGUGGGGCUGAUGGGAGUUGUAGUCCCAAAACUGGUCCUGUUAGGUAGGGCUGAUGGGAGUUGUAGUCCCAAAACAGCUGGAGGGCCAACUUUGUCAAUCACUGCCUUAGUUGAAUCCUGCCAAUUGUUUCCAACCUAUUGCAUAAGAAACAUCUGUUGUUCCUGGGAUAUAUUUCAGAUGGCAUGUGUUACAUGGAAUUGUGAAACAGGAGAGUGAGAGUUUUAGAGUAUCAUGCUAAUAAUAUGGCAGAUGCACCAAUUAAUAUCUGAGGUGGAAUGAUUAUGUUUAGCUGGUGAUAAUGUGAGGUUUAGCUGCUGAUAACAUUGCAGUGCAUGGUGAGUUAUGAUGCUGAAAACCAGAUUUUGCCUAGCUCUUACACAAAUUGUGAUUCGUGAUAUAUUGCCACCUCAAAUAUUAUGAAACAAUUAUCAUGAUGUGAACUUUCAUACCAGUUUUGGACAAUAUUUCGGCCAGUCUUAUCAUGCAUUUUGAAAAUUCUGUGAACAAUCUGGGCAUAAUGGCAGCAUUUGUCUGGCAGGAACUUCCUGAACAAACUGCUUUGCCACAACGGGUGCAACUGGGAGUAACUGAGAUGAUUGGAACAAGCUCUAGUAUUAUGUUCCUAAUGCUGAGAUAGCCUACUGUUACACAAAUGACUAGUUUUGUAUUAAUUGCCAAGACCACUGUUGGGUUUUUUCUAAUCCUGGCCUGGGCAGGUUCAUAAUCUGGCAUGCAAGUUUGGCACAGCAGCCUGCUUCUUUCAGCCCAGUUUGUUUUGGGCUGAGGACUUGCAGCCUGUAUUUCAUCUCCUGCACAUGUGCAGUUUUGGCAUUCUGACAAUUUUGAGCUCCUUUAUUGUACUUUGCCUACGUCCCUGUGGUGCACUCAGAGGGAAUUUGCUUUCAGCCUCAACCACAUGGUGGCAAAAAUGUCAGCUGACUUCCCAACAGAUUGUGACAACCGCUUUGAUCAUGAAUAUAUGCUAAAUUAAUAAUAAGUGAGGUGGGCAGGUGGUUGCUUUGUAUGUGUUUCAGUAUUAACUAAAUGAUGACAUUUUCACAGCAAAGUAUCUGCUGGCUUGUAGACUAGCGUUGGAGCUGCACCCUGCUCGUCCCUAAAUUGCAAGAAUUCUUGCUUUACUGGAUUUCAGAACAUUGGUGGCUUAGGCAACUAUUAUUUAAUCGGAUUGCUAUCUGUAUUUGUCCAUGAAUGAAAUAUACUGAGAUGAAUUCAGUGCUAUUAUGAUCAUUCUGUCAGCACAAGCAUUUCUACUUGACGGUGGGAACAUGCCCCUCUCCUUCCCCAAACACUGCUUUGGGGGUUCUCCCAACCUUACACACACACACACACACACACACACACACACACCGGAGCCAUUUUUUGGAGGGGGUGGGUAAGCAGGAUUUGUCAUGCUGGCUCCCGCUAGCACAACUAUUUAGUUAAAUCCAGUUCAUAUCAGCCAUCCAGUGCUUAUCAGGUGGUGGGAAUGUGUGUGGAAUUUGGGGGCAUAAAAGUUGACUGUAGCAGAGUAAAUAGGCAAGAGCAUCCAGUUGUUUUCCCCACACCUUGCUUUCCUUUGGCCCUUCUUGCUUCCUGUAGCUGAUGAUUUGAGAGCAGAAGCUUGCAGAAAAGGAUUUGGAGGAGAGAGGGUGGCUUUGCACAUAAGAGAGCAGGUGUGUGGCACCUUUGGCCAAACUAUAACUCCCUUCAGCCCCAGUGGGGCGAAUGGGUUGGUGGAAGUUGCAGUUCAGCAAAAUCUGGGGAGCUAAAGAUUCCCCUUGCCUGAGACAGAGCAAGGGGGCUCAAGAGGGGAGGGGAGCGAACAGUUGGGUGGGUGUCAGCAAAUCCUGUGUGCUGGAAUAAAUGGCUUCUGUAGCCUUCCUGGGUCAUUAUUUGUUCACAAGUUUGUCAUUGUCUGAGGGGGAGAUUGCCAUGAGCCUGUUAGUCCCGUCCCUUCCAUUGCAUCUCUGCUUGCUUCUCCUGCCACAUGUUGGGAAAGCAACAUCUAUAGUAGGAAGCUCCCUUUACUUGUGCAGGUCCUGUGCACAACUAAGAACCUUGACAUUUCAAGGUUGUAAAUUGCUUGGGGAGCCUGCACAAGUACAGUUAGCUCCCCACUGUCAAUGUUUGCCCUUCCAUGCUUGAAAGGUGGUGAAACUGGGGCUGUGUCAGAGGAGAUUGGAGCCCCUGGAUUCUUCUCCCAAAGCAAAAACAGGCCGCAAAACCAAUAAAAGCACUGCUGACAAACUUCGUUUUGAAAUAAAGAGAAAGAAACUUCAGUUGCUUGGCUGCUACGUUUUGGAAACGUCCUUCAUUGGGAACAUGUUUUAUAUAACAAUUUCCACCAAGUACUUGAAUCACAGUACCGGCUUCUGUUUACUAUAGUGGCUGGUGAACUUGAUGGAAAUUGCUAUACACCUGGAGUUCCUUUCCCCCCCUGCUUGUUCCUGCUCGUUGUGUUGAGGCUUGAACGCCUGAAGAGGGCUUAUGUUGCUGAACAUUACGUGAAGGAGAGAAUCCACCCACCUGCCAAAUGGAAAGCUUGCAUGAAUUAUUCAGCACAAAUCUCUGAAGUCCACCUCCACUCAUGCAUACAGAGUGAGAAUUGCAUUUAGGAAAGAGGUUGGGUUUUGAAGGGGGGAAAUCAAAGCAGCAAAACAGUUUCUUCAAACAGCUGGUAAUACCAGGUUCCCAGUGUACUCUAAUGAAAAAAGUGAGACCUAAUAAUACAGCUUGCAAAUAUAUCUGGCUGACUUUAAUCAUGAAGAAUGUGGCUGUAGUUCUUCAGGUGGCUAGACCAAGAAAUUGGUGUUCUGCCACCAGAUAAUCCUUGUGAUUUUUGUUUCUUCCAUUCCAAGAGCUGUGCCAUGUUACCCAAAGGGAGCGGGCUGCAAAGAUGGCCGAUAACUAAUCUAACAUUUCUGGUAACAGUUAUAUAGUUUGUACAAUUAGCCACUUUGCCGGCUAUGACUUUCCUCCUUUAGCCACUGAAGCACAACUUCUGUUAGUGCAAUAUUGUAAAUGUCCUUUUUUUUUGAAGGGUUCAUCAGUAUUGCUUCCUUCAGUGUAUAUCACACUUCUUACUGGCAACGUGACCACCAGGUUAGGAGACCUAAUCCACUCUGAAUACGUUAGAUGCUCCCUCUCUCUUUUGAAGGCAUUCUUUCUCCUAUGGGAGAGCUGACAUUGCAAGCUUGAGUUCAGUUGAUGAGCAGCGUGGGCUUUAAGCAGAGUGCAUUUGUUCUAUUGCAGCUGAAGCCGAGACGCCAGUGGAUAUGGAGACGAUUAGCCUGGAUCCGGAAGCAGAGGUAAUGUAGAUUUAAUUUACAUUGUAGCAAUACAUGGGAAGGGCCGACAGAGGAAGCCUGUGUGAUCAAGAAUUUCUUUCCAAGAGUUAACAGAUUUCCCCCCUUUAAAAUGUAUAUAUUGUUUCUGUGCUGAGAUCUAGGGCAAUGGUGGGACAGGUACUUGGUAUGAGAAGAGCUGGAUCACAACAGCAGAGAAAUUGGGGAAGAGAGCUUCAAAGGCAACAAGAUACUUUGCUGAUGGAAAGUUGAUACAAAAAGGGGUAGAGGCAUCUGCCGUUCUCCUUUUUGUCUUUGAAGAUCUGCACUGUCAAGCUGUUUUCAGAUCCGUUGGUAUGGUGGAAAACUUUUGAUUAGACAGCAUGUCAAAGGGCUCCACUUUCCCUAUAGAAGACUAUAAAAAGGAAUUAGUUGCCUGCUCUGUGUGUCUCAUUCCCCAAAAUGCAAAAGCAAGUGGCACACACAGUGUAUUUAUAAGCAUAUAGUUGCAAAGCAUGUAACUGACACUUUCCCCACAGGAUUUUUGCUACAGUAGAACCUCGGUUCCUGAACGCCUCGGUUGUCGUACAUUUCGGUCCUCGAACGCCGAAAACCUGGAAGUAAAUGCUUCCGUUUUUGAACGUUUUUCAAACCCCAAAUGUGCGAUGCGGCUUCCGCUGAGGGCAAGAAGCUCUUGCAACCAACGGGAAGCCGCGCCGCAGUUUUUGAACGUUUCAGAAGCCGAAUAGGCUUCCGGAAUGGAUUUUGUUCGAGAACCAAGGAACCACUGUACUAUGGUAGCAAUGUAAACAGAAGGAAGAAUUGGGUGGCUUUGUGUGUUGACAGAUGUACAUUUGUUUACAUAUUUACAUAAAUGUGCAUGUGCUUUUUAAAAAGGGGAGGGGGCAGCCAAAUUGCUUGGCUGAUGCAUGGGGAGGGGUUUAGCCUGAGAUCUAAACUAGCAUUGACAUCACCGUAUACAUUUGACUUUUCAUGGCAAAGUUGAAAGGAGCUGGGCUUGUCCCACAGAAGAAAAAUAGGGCCAAAUCCUUGUGUUUCUGAUUGCUGAAAAAGAUGUAAUAUAUUCGGCACAGAGCCCCUUCUUUUAGGAAAGAGAUGUGAGUCCUGCACAGCAAUUGUGCUGAUUUGUGUCUCUCUAAGCAGAAGGCCCUUGGGCUUUGAGGGUUCUCAUCUAGUUAACAAAGGCCAGCUUUUCUGCACACUGUGAUGGUAUCACCCACCCUUGCAACCCACAUGCUAUAGGCCUACAAUCUACCUUCAUGCUACUUUAGAAGUAAUAUUGAAAUAAACCUUUGUGUGAAUACUAAGACGGCUUGUGGCUUUUUAUUACAUUUCAGGAUGUUGAUCUGAAUCAUUUCCGAAUUGGCAAGAUUGAAGGGUUUGAGGUGCUCAAGAAAGUGAAGGUGAGACUCUUAAGGAGCCCUCUCUAGAUGAGCUGAUAUGGCUCUGCCAUGGUUGUGUAACUGAGAGCAUGCAGGGCAGCCAGAGUACUUUGCUAUAUUUCCCUAGCUAGAGGGAUGCAGCAUAAUGGAAUAAAGGCUGCAUUUGAGAAGAGGGAAGCAGAGGGCACCCAGAAGUACACUAGUAGCAUUCCACGGUGGGUCAAAUUACAUAUGAAGAAGAAGAAGAAGAGUUUUGAUUUGAUAUCCCGCUUUAUCCCUACCCGAAGGAGUCUCAAAGUGGCUAACAUUCUCCUUUCCCUUCCUCCCCCACAACAAACACUCUGUGAGGUGAGUGGGGCUGAGAGACUUCAGAGAAGUGUGACUAUCCCAAGGUCACUCAGCAGCUGCAUAUGGAGGAGGACCAUGGCUGGAUCUCCCAAACUCUUUAAAAAGCAAAUUUGAAAUCAGCCACUGAGUGAAUUAACUCAAGGGAGCAGUUCUUGGGUGCAGGAAUAUUCAACCCUUCACCAUACCCUAAGCAUUUCCUCCAAUUCAAAUUCUCAUGCACACACAGAGCUACUAAUAGUUUCACCAUGAGAAAAGGUAGACACAAUACAGAUACUUGUAAUAUUUCCCAAGUGGGGCUAAUACCCACUUCAAGGGCAAUUUUAAGCUGGAAAGUGGCAUGAGUGCAAGCCUCAUUGACCUGAACACAGUUGUUUUUAGGCUUUAUAAAGGACAUUGGAAGAUCCAGUAAUUUGUACCACUUAGUUUGAUUCACUAUCUCCUUAGCUGGGCUGUGCAGUGGUGUGCUUUAGAUCAAAUUUCAUUUUCUCCUGGCCCAAAGACUGCCAGGAUUGGCAACAACGUGUCCCCGCCCCCCCAGUGAAAAUGCACAGUAACCCGUUUUGGCCACAGCAGGAGUCUUCAUCUGGUGGGGAAUGGGUGGAGAUAUUAAGAAUUGGUGGAGGAACAGGAGAAGAACAAAUAAUUUGAGUGAGGGCAGCAUCCACCUGCAGAGAACUUAUUUUCAAAGCUGUUUCAUACACCGUAUUAAGUGCAUCUGUUCGGAGUGAGACUUGUGCGUUAUUGUUUUUACAUCCUUUGUUUAUCUUCUCUCUACACAUCAGACUCUUUGUCUCCGUCAGAAUUUGAUUAAGUGCAUUGAGAAUCUGGAACAGUUGCAAAGUCUCAGAGAACUGGAUCUCUAUGACAAUCAGAUUCGAAAGAUUGAGAACUUGGAGGCCCUGACAGAACUUGAGUGAGUACCUGGGCUAUAUAGGGCUUUAAAGGCUUUAAAGGUAAUUGCCAGCACUUUGAAUUUUCUUGGAAAUGGACUGGAAUCCAGGGAAGGUAUUUCAAUACUAGUGAGAGAUGUUCCCAUGUUAGUCUCCCUCUUUCAGAAUGGCUAUCCUCAUUGUAACAUGCUUCUUUUUUUCCUGGAUCAUAGAUCUUAUUGUAACUUGCAUGGUUAUGUAAGACAAUGACUUCAUGCAGGCACCAUUCCAUUGUUAAUUCAGACAUUGUGCCUAACUAUACUUAGUACAAAACAUGGUUUUUGGUUGAGUGGCCAAAUUUGUUGUUCAUAUAAAGAGAGACUACAAGCUAUCAUCCCACCUGCAGAAGCUUCUUUCAGCCAGUACAGUGGUGCCUCGCAAGACGAAAUUAAUCCGUUCCGCGAGAGUCUUCGUCUAGCGGUUUUUUCGUCUUGCGAAGCAACCCUAUUAGCGGCUUAACGGAUUAGCGCUAUUAGCGGUUUAGCGGCUAUUAAAGGCUUAAGGCUUAGGGGAUUAGCUGCUAAAAGGCUAUUAAAGGCUAUUAAAGGCUUAGCAGAUUAGAUAAAGGGGGAAAAGUGAAAAAAAUCUCUAGACUCGCAAGACAUUUUCGUCUUGCGAAGCAAGCCCAUAGGGGAAUUCGUCCUGCGAAGCAACUCAAAAACGGAAAACCCUUUCGUCUAGCGGGUUUUCCGUCUUGCGAGGCAUUCGUCUUGCGGGGCACCACUGUAUAUACAUAGCUCUUUGAUUUCCUCAAUCCGUUGCCGGACUGCAAUCCCCAUCAUGCCAUUCUGCUGGAGGAGGUGAUGGUCAUUGGAGUCCAACAACAUAUAGAGGGCCACAGAUUCCCCCCCCCCCCUUGGUGUAAAGAGAGAAGUUACAGAUUUAGACUGGGGUAAUCCAAGUUCAAACCUCCAGUGAGCCAUGAAGCUUGGGCCAGUCCCAUACACUCUCAUCAUACCCCACUUCUGAGUCAUUGUGAAGGUAAAAUAGGAACCAGCUACAUAUAUAGCACUAUGAGCUCUUUGGAGCAAGAUUGGGAUGGUAUGCCUUAGAAGAAGCCUGCAUUUUAAAGUAUUUUCCUUUGUUUCCUGUUUAGGGUCCUGGAUAUUUCGUUUAACAUUCUACGGCACAUCGAGGGGCUGGACCAGCUCACUCAGUUAAAGAAACUCUUUCUUGUGAACAAUAAAAUCAGCAAAAUUGAGAACCUAAGCAACUUACAGCAAUUACAGAUGUUAGAGCUGGGAUCUAAUCGAAUCAGGGUAGGUAUUUGAUGGUGGUCUGUAAGGAUCCGUCAUUGGUAUAACGGAGAAAUCAGCCAUAUCAGACAGGAGUGGGGAGAGGUAAAAACUUUCAGGUUGCAAAUGUGCUGCUGCUGACUACAACAGUGACUUCCAGAGGGAGACUUAAGAAGCAUGGAAGAAGUGUCCAUUAGGCCUCCAAAUGCUUUCCUUGGCUACCUCCCUGAUUUCUAUUAAAAAAUGUGUUGCUCCCCCUUCUGAGAAUAACUCAAGAAAAACAUUUUAAAAUGCAAGAGGGAAACUCAUCACAGUGUUGAUUGUGGCUGGCACGUGGUUCUUUCAAGCAGCACACCGAAGGACAACUUCAGGUUGUUACAUAAGGGGACCCAGACUUUGAAAAGUACUGGAGGAACAAAGGCUUGUAACUGUAUACUACUGACAGCAUAGAUUGGAAGGUGGAAGAAAGCCAAACUGUAGACUUGGCAAGAUCAGAGAGUACAUUAAGAAACUGUGAUUUUAGGAAACAAGCCCCCCCUCCAAAAAAAAAGAUAAUGAAAGUAGGGUAAACAUCUGAUAAGCAACAAGAAGUUGAGUGGAACUAGUUAUGUGAAAGCUGCAACUCAAGCUAGAAGAUGAAAUGAAAUUUUGACACACAAAUAAACAGAAUAUUCUCUGUUCCAGUACAUAAUAAUCAAACAUCAGUGAAAUAAUAUGACUAAUAACUAUUUAUAUUGGGUAGUCGGCAUGCUGUCCUCCAGUCCCUUUAUGUAAUUGCUUGUUUUGAAAAAUACUUUUAAACAUAAGAUACUUUUUCUUUCUUUUAUUGACAAUGCUGACCCUGUCUCCACCCCUGAAUAUUCUGCCAGGUGGAAUUAUCUCAUUGUUCCAGCUUCACAUGGAUUCCCCAGGUGCUUAAUAAUUAAGAAGGUACAUCCUGCUAAUGGGAUUCUGUAGGCCACUUGUUCUGAGUGAGCCACCCUAAAGAUUCUGCCUUCUUAAGGAAUUUCUUCUCAGAGCUUCUUUGGGAGUCCAAAUGACAAAGAACUCAAACUUGAAACUGAAAGUUGCUAUUCUGCAGCAUUUCCCCACAGCUUAACUAUGGAUACUGUGUUAGUUCGGCUUGCUUGACCAGUGCAAAGUUGAAGUCAUCAGUCAUACAGCAUGAGACUUCUGAUCUGAAUCAUCUCAUGAGCCACCUUCAGUAUACAAGUUUGUGAUAAAGGAGUGGGUGGGGUGAUGUUGGGUAAUUGACUGUGCUACAGUCUUACUAAGUAGUGAAUGUGUUCAAGAGGUUUGCUUGCUAGAAUCAAGGAUUGUAAUGUUUACUGUGGUCAAUUUGCAGGCAAUUCAGAAUAUUGAUACGUUGACUAAUCUGGACAGUCUGUUUCUGGGAAAGAACAAAAUCACCAAGCUUCAGAACCUGGAUGCAUUGACAAACUUAACAGUGCUUAGUAUACAGGUAUCAGCCCUGGACUUCCCAUUCCAUUUAUUUAUUCAUUUAUCAUGUCUGCUUUUUUCCCCUCCAUCAUAUGAACUUUGCACCAGUUUAGACCUUUCAAAACUAGAAUGACAAAAAGACCAGUAACCUCUAUGAAUGAAGGGAGGCAAUUAUAGUUAUAGUUCAGAUUGUGGAAGGAAGGAACUGUCAACCAGUUCUCUCAGCUUAUCAUUUUCCAGUCUUAAAAUGAGUUCUCUACAUUUCUUCAGCAAUUUGCAAUUGAAAAAAAUGAAAAUUCUUCAGCGUCUUAGUGUGAAUUUAUUCUAAUAAACACAUUUGUGUAUACAGUUUUGAUUAAUGUACAGAUUUUUACAAGCAAUUUCUCCUAAUGCAUUUUGGGUAUGAUAUUGUCACUAAUAUUUGCAUUUUUAUGCAUGCUUUCCUCUUAAUAUAUGAUUUUUAAUACAUUGUUUGUUCGAACUGCAUCAGAAAUUAUGCAAAGGGUUACUGAAAACAUAAAGUAAUGUGCAUGGGCCAAAGGUGUACAUGUGAUAUUGUGCAGCUGCACAGUGACUCCGAGACGUGUAUAAAAUGUGCCGUGCAAAUAUAGUGAGUUCAGUAGAGAGACGUGUAAAUUUUUUACCUGAAAAAUCUGGUUCUGUCAUGUUAAUCCAUUUUUUAUCACCACCCUAGAGCAAUCGGUUGACCAAGAUUGAAGGGCUGCAGAAUUUGGGGAACUUGAGGGAGCUGUACCUUAGCCAUAAUGGCAUAGAAGUCAUUGAAGGGCUGGAAAACAAUGUGAGUUGCCUAUUUAUUGUUAUUUAUUUGGCGCCAUCCUUGUACAGUGGUACCUCAGGUUGCAUACGCUUCAGGUUACAUAUGCUUCAGGUUACAGACUCCGCUAACCCAGAAAUAUUACUUCAGGUUAAGAACUUUGCUUCAGGAUGAGAACAGAAAUCGUGCAGUGGCGGCAGCAGGAGGCCCCAUUAGCUAAAGUGGUGCUUCCGGUUAAGAACAGUUUUGGGUUAAGAACAGACCUCCGGAACGAAUUAAGUACUUAACCCGAGGCACCACUGUACAUGCCAUUUUACAAAGAAUGUGCAGUCAGGUUUCUACCCCAAGAGUCUUAUAAACUAGACACAGAUUCAAUGGAGGCAACAGAGGAAGGGGACAGAAAUGGGGGAAUAUGGAAAGAACACACAUUUAUUUUAGUUAAUGUAUAGGCUUAAUUUCAGUAGAGCAUUGGGACUAGGUGGUUGUUCUAAUGACUUCAUGGAACGGGUGAGUUUGGACGAAGGAAGGAGUUGCAUCAUAGAGACAUCCUGGAAUGGCAGCUGAAGGAUACGGGACAGCAGUGAGGAGAGCACAGAGUUGUAUGUGUGUGUGUUUGCGUAAGCAGAGUCUUUUGAGGGAGCAGGAGACCUUUGGAUUACUGAAGGUGAUUGGAGAUAGAAGACUGUAAGCCACAGGCAGGGAUAUGUCUGGAUAUAAGUGUGUGGAGAUAAAGUGAGGAAGGCCAUAGAAGGGUUUGAAGUUAAGGAAAAGAAGUUUGUGUGGUGAAGAGGAAGCUAGUGUGAGGAUUUAGGAAAGGGUGUUAAUGUGGUCAGUUACAAGAGAGGUAAAUAAUUUUGGCAACAGUACUGGAUAGAAGUAGGGAAACCAAUGUGAGGAAGCAGAAGACCAGCAAGGAUGAUGCGCAAUGUGAACGUGAGUUUCUGCCAAAGGGGAACAAACAAAGGGUUGUAUUUUUUGUACUGUGGGAAAAGGAGAAGCAUAGAGUAUUUAGCCACGCUUGGUUAUAUAAAGCAAUAUUGAGGGAAUUCCAGCACACUAGUAGUAUUUUGGGAAGUGGGUUGUGUUUUUCUCUUGAGGCGUUAUAUUUAUCCAAAAAAAAUGAGUUUAUGUCCAAAAUUGGCCUGCUAGUUCUGGCCAGUUCAGUAAAUUUUUCCAAUCCUGAUGUUUAGAUGCCAAAGGUCAAGUAGGGUUAUACCUUAGGGAGAGCAGUUGACUCUGCAGUAUGUAUGGUUGAUGAACUUUGGCUAUUUUGCUACAUGGCAUGUCCCUUUAUGCCUAUUAAUGUUUCGUCCAAGGAUGCACAAUUUGCAAGAAGACAAGAAUGAAAAUAGAGACUAAAGUUUUCUUUAUGCUUGUUUCAGAAUAAAUUGACAAUGCUGGACAUUGCGGCCAACAGGAUCAAAAAGAUUGAAAAUAUUACCCAUCUAACAGAGCUCCAAGAAUUUUGGGUAAGUCUAUGAGAGGGAGACCAAGAAGUGCUUACGGACCAGCAGCAUGGCCACGAGGGCUAUGUUUGGCCUCCACCGUCAGAGGCAGUGUUUGUCUGGGAAUCAUAGGUGGGCAGAGUACUGUUAUGCUCAUGUCCUGCUUGCAAGCUUCCCAUAGGUAUCUGGUUGGUUACUCUCUAAACAGGAAGAGCUGGACUAGGUGGGACAUUGGCCUGAAUCAGAAGGCUGUUCUUAAAUUUUUAGAAUGGUGGCUUAAGACCCCGAUAACCUGAUCUAGUACUCAGUCACUAAUGGUGUGAGAGAGUUUCCAACUCUCUAAAGUUCUGCAGUGACAGAACUUUAAUUCCAGGCUGUCCUGCCAAGCGGUCAGAAAUUGGGGAUCCAGAAAGGCACCUUUAAUACAGCGCUCAAACAAAAUUAUUGUACUGUAUUUUGGGGAGAGCAGAUGUCAUUCCCAUACACUGAAUUUGCAUGUGUGUGAGAGCCACAGCAUGGGAAGCACUGGGCUCGAAUAAUUAAGUCUACCACGUGCUUCUCAAUCCAGUCAAAAGGAGGAACAAGCAUGCAUCCUCCUGUCCCCACCCUUGCCACUUGUUGGGCCUUAGGACUGCUCCUUAGCUUAUACCAGUCAUGUGGGAGCUGCAGCAGCAAGGAUUCCUUUUGUGCCAUUUGACUUAAUAGGAAAAGCCCUGGCCCAUCUAGGGCCACGACCCUGAGAUUAAGAGUCUAUUCUUUACCGACUCUCAAAAAUUGCUGGCACUUUUCUUUUGUGUGUGUUUUACCCAGAUGAACGAUAACCUCAUUGAGUGCUGGAGCGACUUGGAUGAGCUGAAAGGAGCCAAGAACUUGGAAACAGUCUACCUGGAGCGAAACCCACUGCAAAAAGAUCCCCAGUACCGACGCAAAAUCAUGCUGGCCCUUCCAUCUGUCCGGCAGAUUGAUGCCACCUUUGUCCGGUUCUGA